AUAUAUAGAGAGAUUAGAGAGGAGGCAAUUUUAUACUACCAGGACUCUAUUUUAAGUCCUACCAGGACUUAAAGUCUCCGUCCGCCUCCCUCCUUGUCUCGUGAGAUGAGAGAGAGGGAGAGAGCAGGAAAUAUAUGUUCAUCAUAGAUCUAGAUCUGGCUGCGAGGAACUCCAGAUCUUGAAUGCUCUUUGAUUCUUGGGUUCAGGUACCUUCAAACUAAUAAUGGCGAUGGCAUUAUAAAAAGUCUUGUAGCUGAUCUCUUUUUUAAACAGCCAUGUCAAGGAGGCCUGUGAACCUCUCUAGACGUGUUGCAGACAAUGGCAGUGUUCCAUUUGUAAACUCAUUGCAUCAGAAAUCACGUUCUUCACCAUUGUUAUCAGUUGGGCUGGUUGUUGUGGGUGCACUCCUUCUAAUUGGCUAUUCUUAUAAUUCAGGUGGAUUUGGCAGUGAUAGGGAAGCUGUUAGUAAGGUGGAAGGUGACUAUACAUGCACAUCAGAAGUUCAGAGAGCCAUACCUAUUCUAAGUAAAGCAUAUGGUGACAGCAUGCAUAAAGUUUUGCAUGUAGGCCCUGACACUUGUUCAGUAGUCUCUAAAUUGUUAAAAGAAGAGGAUACUGAAGCCUGGGGUGUGGAACCAUAUGACCUAGAGGAUGCUGAUGGUGCCUGCAAAAGUUUUGUGCAAAAGGGCAUAGUACGUGUGGCUGAUAUCAAGUUUGCCCUUCCCUACCGGGCAAAAUCUUUUUCUCUUGUUAUUGUAUCAGAUGCUCUGGAUUACUUGUCUCCAAAGUACCUUAAUAAAACACUUCCAGACCUGGCAAGGGUAGCCAUGGAUGGCCUCAUUGUUUUUGCUGGUUAUCCAGGCCAACAGAGAGCUAAAGGUACAGAGCUAUCCAAAUUUGGAAGGCCAGCAAAACUGCGGAGCUCGUCUUGGUGGAUACGAUAUUUUGUUCAGACUGGCUUGGAAGAAAAUGAAACUGCUUCCAAGAAGUUCGAGCAGGCAGCUGCCAAGAGGUCAUACAAACCAAACUGCCAGGUAUUUCACCUCAGUGCAUACCGUUGAAAUGUCAAAUAAUGUCUGUAUUGUUCUUCGAGAUUCUUGAAAGAACUAAAACAAAUGCGUCUUCAACCCUCAUCUAAGAGAACAUCCUCCAGCUGGGUAAGUUAAGAUGGAUGAAUGUCAUCAAUUCUGGGCAUUUCAUUAUGUAUUCCGACCAUCAUAUAUAUAUAUAUAUAUAUAUAUAUAUAUAUAUAUUUGUUGAUUGAAAUUUUCAUGGGGAAUUAGCAUGAAUUUGUUUUAUCUGAGAUGUAUUUGUUAAAUUAGGUUUUCCUUUCUUCUGUUGUACCUGCAAGGACAGUUUCCCUAGUAUAGCCUUGUCAAGUCAUCUUUUGGAUUUUGACAUGAUUUAAAUUAUAUUUUAGCAGAAAGGUGAAAUUUCAACUGAAGCUAGCAA